AUGAGAUCACGAUGCCCUUUCUGCAUAAGGAGCUACGCAAGUCCUGGUAGUUUCGAUCGACAUCUUUCAAGAGUCCACGCAGAGAAGGCAGUUGAAUGGUACAACAGUCAGCUUACACGCCGUGCUGAGGAUUCGGUGAGCCUUGUAGAAGGCCCGGGAGGACUAUACGGAAACGAAUUGUUGAAUGUUGGGACCUUUUCCUUGGGUCCCACGAGCGUAGACCAAAGCGAGUCUGAUAAUGAAUCAAACGAUGACACAGACUCGUUGACAGAACGAAACAGCAUGUUCAGACUAGUAACUACCGUGUAUGAGGGUGCAGGGGAGCAACUUUUCCCCUCCACAGGAUAUUCCGAGAGCUCAGAGAGCCUUCUGUCCAACCCGUGGCAACCGUUCAAAUCAGCAAAGGAGUUUGAAUUAUCACGUUGGUUCCUGCGAUCCCACGUAUCGCAGGGUCAAAUAGACGAUUUUUUUCUAGCGGCAGGCGCAGGGAAAGGCUCCUACCACAAUGGAAAAGGCUUUACACACCAUCUUGAUGAGAUUGUUUCUAGGGACGGUUGA